AUGUCGAACCCUGCCGAAAGAAUUGCAGAAGAUAAUUAUGAAAGAGACAAUGACCCUUCGCCCGUGACCGGAACCUUCGCAGAUGACUCUUAUGUCGAAGAGACCGAUCCAAGCUUGAGAGCACAAGUCCCCGUCCAGGGAGAUGAACAGCCAUUUGAUGACCCAAUACAACCACCUUAUUCAAAUUCUGAUCAGCAGCUUGAGAGAGACGAGAACGAAGCAAUCGAUAACUCUAAUGUCCUAAAAGGAGACCGUCUCCGUCAUGCAAAGCCUAGAACCUCGAACAGGUACAAUGAGGGGCCAGGUGAACAUGAUCUGCCGGCUGAGCCUUAA